AUGUCCACACAUCUUGCUGCUGUUCUCCCGGCCAAGGGCUCGACCAUAGAGGUCAAGGACCGUCCCACACCAACUCCAGGUCCUUCGGAGCUUCUGAUCAAUGUGAAAUCCGUCGCAGUGAACCCGCUGGACUGGAAGCAGCAACUCUCCGGGUUCAUGCUCAACCAAGGAUUUCCAACCGUCCUCGGCUCCGACGUGUCCGGCAUCGUCCUUGCUGCCGGUUCUGCAGUCCCGGCGGAUGCUCCAAAACCCGGAACACGUGUUGCUGCAUUCGCUCCCUGUUUCUUCACACAGGGUGCCGCAGACUACGGUGCGUUUCAGACACGCGUCCUCGUUCCAGCAGCCAACGCUGUGGCUUUGCCGGAGCGCGUCGACUUCGACGAGGCAAGCACCCUCCCAAUGGCGGUGGCAACCGCCUGGAGCGGCCUGUACACACUCGGGGUUCCGCGUGAGACGGCCUUCAAACACGUCGACAAGCAAGCCUUUCUGGUCUGGGGCGGAGCGAGCAGCAUCGGCACCGCCACCAUUCAACUGGCCAGCUCGAUGGGAUUCUCCGUCUACGCCACAGCCAGCGAGAAACACCACGACUAUCUGAGGACACUGGGAGCCAAGAGGCUGUUCGAUUACCGCAAUGGGGCCGUGGUGGAGGACAUCAUCAGGACGGCGAGGGAAGACGAUGUCACCCUCCAGCUUGGCUUCGACGCCGUUGGAGCGCUUGAAAGCUGCCUGCAGGUUUUGAAGAAACUGAAUCCUAGAGGGGCGAAGCUGGCGUCCGCACCGCCGCUCACUCCAGAUUCGCCGCAGAUGGAGGGGGUGGAGCUCAAAUUCGUUUCGGCACCGAACGACCCGGAUAAGCUGGCCGACUUCUUCCGGUUUGUUUUUGGCGUUUGGCUUAAGAAGAAGCUGGACGCUGAAGAGUUCAUCCCAAGCCCCAAGGUCAAGGUCAUCGGAGGAGGAUUGCAUUCUGUGCAGGCUGCGUUGAACGAGUCAAAGGCAGGCGUGAGCGGUGUGAAGCUGGUGCUACAACUGUAA